GCUAGCAAUUUUGCAUUAAAUGCGCUUUUAAAUAACGGUUUAACGUUUGUAGCGCGCAAAUUGCUCGGCCGACAUAGUAUGGAAGGAUUUGGCUUUUUAAAUAACUUUGCGGGCGCGAAAUUGGGCUUUGGUAAGCUUUUCGAAAAGCUUUGGUAUUGUUUUAAGCAAUUGCUUAUAAACGUUUUAAUAUGCUUAAUAACCAAAAUAGCGGUUACAAAACAUCGCACGUUCCGUAUAAUUGUUUUUAAAAAAAGGCAAAUAAAUAAAGUCCUAAUUAUUGCUUUAUUGGAAAUCGAUAACUUCCCGCAACGGGAGCGCGUUGCGGAUACUUAUAUAAAGCGAAAAAAAAGCAAUGUCCGUUUUGGGGGCAGGUUUAUUGGAAUUAAAAACGUUACGGCGGCGUUCGUUGCGCGCUUUACGCUUUUUUUCGGCGGAGGUUUUUUUGCCGCGGCGGUUAAAGCCCGCCGGGGGGUUACCGGUAAAACGUUUGCGGAAGCUUUAAAAGGUUGCAAGCGUAAAAGGGCCCGAUAA